AUUCGUUCUCCCCUCUCGAUUGGCCUUUGCCAGCCACUAGAAGAAGUAAGAGAACCUACAAUGAAUGAACUUAAAGAACCGCAGAUUUUUACCGGAUUGUACACCUUUGUGUCUGGCUAUGUAGAUGUGCAUAAAGAAGGGACGGGGAAGAGAGAGGCUGCCAUCGGGCAGGAGGCUUCAUUCCAUCCAGCCUCACGAACUUCUUACUGGGGCAUUAAGCGCAAAAUUGUCCCCAAGGCAACCACGAUUCUAUUCUAUAAGGCUUUCUUGGAUAUGCUCAGUCCGGGUAUAGAUGCUAUGACGUGA